AUGACGUCAUCAUAUUAUCCCAUUACUACGGACAAUUAUUUUGAUAAAACUCACUCAAAAGCAAUGACUUCAACGUCUCAUUACAAUUCGUAUCAUCCGAUCAAAGCUACGAAACGUAGCUACAGUGAUGAUGACGAUGAUGAUGAUCUAGAUGCAUUACGAAAUGCAGCAUUAAAAACAUUGAAUUCCAGGAAGCGAAAAAAUACUCAUGAUCAUUCUCCGAUUCGUCGUGAGUCUCGUUCACCGUCACAAUCGUACUCUUCUCGUUCUGGUUCGAGUUACUCGUCUAUUAGUCGAUCAUCUUCAUCUUCCUCUCUAUCAUCGAUCAGUUCAGAUUCAAUUGAUAGACACGACAAAGACUAUCGUUUCGAAAACAAAGAAAAACAAGCAACAGGUGAUAUCGACGAACGUUUUCCGCAAGACAUUCCAACAGCAAAUGAUGAUACGUUAAUUCUUGAUUGUCCAUUUCAAGACGAUGACCUACUCUUGCAUCAGGAAGAUAAACCUACGGAAAACUCAUUCGCACAUACACCGUUGCCACCGCCACCACCAAGAAAAUCAUCAACGCGCAACGAUCAAAACCAUCAUAAAUCUUCGACAAAGGACACUAAACCACAGAAGAAAGAAGAACGCCGUCAUUCUUCCCCCGUAAACGAACGGCCUGUUUCGAUAACAGUUAAGCUCAAUACAGACGAAUUCGAUCUUCGACACUUGAUUAAGAAGCGUCGAACAGAAGAAUCGUCGCAGAAUAAUCAUCGAACUGUUCAAAUUUUACAAAAAGACAGAAAUAAUACACCAAUUAUACAUAGAUCCACGCAUGAUCGACACUCCGACAAGAGUCGAUCUUCGCAUAGACAUCAUAAACAUUGA